AUACGCUCAACGCCAACGUCCUCUCCUCCUCAAUCGAGCAGAUCAAGAGCAAGCAUACACAUACACAGAGCCUCAUCUGGGAAUCAAAUCUUUCUCUUUGAAACCUCAGUCCCUCUUCUUCUGCUUCUUCUUCUUCCUCCAACCACGCCCGGAACUCGAUCGAAAAAUCCAGAGUCCAAACAGAAGGAGUCCGUUCCAUCCAAUUGGUAGGGUCCUUCUCUUUCUCUCUCUUUUUCUUUCGACUUCUUUCCCCAGGAAGAAGCCAGAGGAAAUCUUUUUUUCUUCCUCUUGUCUCCUGAGACCUUGACUUGAACAGUCAACGUCUUUUGGAGCGACGAGGUUGAGAAGAAGACGACUCUGUGCGCCCAUACAAGGCAGUCAACCUGGAUUUUGAAGCGAGAGUCCCCGUCCCCUUCAGCAUCUUCCCCUCGUCGUACCGCGACGCCGAGCAGAAGGAGUCGGUCACGACCACCCACGAGGAGGUGCAGAUCGAGCUCCCUCCUCACCACCACCAAAGGCCCGGGCGGGAAGGUAGUCAGUACUCUUCCCACUCCGCCGCUUCUGCUGCCGACCUUCCGCCUCGCGGAGAGCAGCGUCGCUACUCUGAGGAAGAGGUCCGCAUCGUCAGGGAGAGGGAAGACGAACGUUAUCGCCGCCGCCCCGGUGUCCGUCGUGAGGAGUAUUACCGCGAAGAGCUCAAGGAGCAACAGCCCAGGCCUGCUCGUUCCACCUACUCUGACACCCACAUCGAGAUCGACGCCCACCGGCCUCGUCACCACCACCAUCACCAUCACGAGCAGGAGGAGCAUCGUCAACACGAGCACCUGUCCGAGCAGUACUAUUCGCCUAUCGACAAGAUCGAGCGUGAGUACCGUGCUCGAUAUCAACCCGGCUACCGUGAGGACGUCCGCGUGACCGAGACCACUGUCGACGGAUCGUAUCACCAACAACACCGCCGACCUGUCGUCCAGGAGAGCGUCCACAUCGACGAGACCGUCAUCGACGAAUCUCAUCAUCACCACCACCACCGUCCCGCCGUCAAGGAGAGCGUUCACGUCAGCGAGACCACCGUCGACGGAUCUUACCGCCGACCUGUGAUCAAGGAGACCGUCCGCGUCGACGACACUACCGUCGAGACUCCCCGAAUCCGCCCAUUUGUGAGGGAUUCCGUCCGUGUCGAGGAGACCAUCGAGUUGGACCGCUCUGAGCGCCCCAAGCAUCAUCAACACCACCGCCAUCGCCACGACGAACAGAAAGUCAACAUGGGUUACUUUGACGAGGAUGUCACCAUCCCCUGCCACCACAUCCGGAUCGGCGAUAUCCUUAUGCUCCAGGGCCACCCGUGCCAGGUGAUCCGCAUCUCGAGCUCCAAUGCCACCGGCCAGCACCGCUACCUGGGAGUCGACCUGUUCACCAAGCAGCUCCACGAGGAGUCCUCCCAGGUCCACAACCCGGCGCCCAGCGUCGUCGUCCAGACCAUGCGCGGUCCCAUCAUGAAGCAAUACCGCGUUCUUGACCUCCAGGACGGCAACGUCGUUGCCAUGACCGAGACGGGCGAUGUCAAGCAGAGCCUGCCGGUCAGCGAACAGUCCAACCUGUGGGAGCGCCUGUCCAAGGCCUUCGACUCGGGUCGGGGAUCUUUGCGUGUGCUGGUGGUUCACCAUCACGGCAAGGAGAUGGCAGUGGACAUGAAGGUGCUGCACGGCUCGUCGCUGUAGAGGAGAAAAAUGAAAAAGGAAAGGAGCAUGGGGCGAGGGCCAUUGUGGGCAAUGUCAAGCCUGAGAGUGUGUGUGUCUCUCAUUUUUCCCCUGCCUGGUGAUCCACUGCAGCUCGCCGGCCCUUUCUUACUCAGGGGGCGGCUCUGAGCUUGGUGUUGAUCUCUUGCGGGCGAGACGCCAUUUGGUGCUUGUCUUGUUUUCUUCUUCGUUUCUUCUUGCUUCUUUCUUCUUCUUUUUUUAUUGUCGAUAUGAGGUAAUGAGGGUUUUAUGAUGGUACAAAUGAAUGCUCCAAAGUCUCUAGGGGAAAACGUACAUUCUCGUCGUUCGGGCCUGUUGCAAAGAUAUUCAUGACACAAAAAAGGGCGAACUGGCACGACUGGGUUGGGGGGAAGGCUUCUUGGGAAUCCAGGAUUUUAGCCUCUAACUUGAGUAUUUCCAUGUCAGGAUGAUCUAGACAUAGUCAGUCUUUUGUGUGUACAUGGACCUCAGGAGAUAAUUGAGAUUGCAGCAUUGGGAAUACAUCGACUGUUGUAAAAAAA